GGAAGUGACGUCGACGGAAGUCCAGCGUAACCGUUGUUGUUUUUAGGUGUGUAAAGGCAGCGGAGAAGAUGCCGGAGUUAGCAGUAGAAAAUGUGGUCGUUCACCCUUUGGUAUUGCUCAGCGUGGUCGAUCAUUUUAACAGAAUAGGCAAGGUUGGCAAUCAGAAAAGAGUGGUGGGUGUCCUCUUGGGGUCGUGGCAGAAGAAAGUUCUUGAUGUGUCAAAUAGUUUUGCAGUACCGUUUGACGAAGAUGACAAGGAUGACUCUGUGUGGUUCCUGGACCACGACUACUUGGAGAACAUGUAUGGCAUGUUCAAGAAAGUCAAUGCCAGAGAAAGAAUUGUGGGGUGGUACCACACGGGGCCCAAGUUGCACAAGAACGAUAUUGCCAUCAAUGAGCUCAUCAAGCAGUACUGUACCAAUUCAGUUUUAGUCAUUAUUGACGUAAAGCCCAAAGACCUCGGCCUUCCCACAGAAGCGUACAUCUCUGUCGAAGAAAUACAUGAUGAUGGCACGCCAACGUCAAAGACGUUUGAGCACGUUACCAGUGAAAUUGGAGCUGAGGAAGCAGAAGAAGUGGGAGUGGAGCACUUGCUCAGAGAUAUUAAGGACACGACAGUGGGGACGCUGUCGCAACGCAUCACAAACCAAGUCCACGGUCUGAAGGGGCUCAACUCCAAGCUGCUGGAAAUCCGCUCAUACCUGGAGAGGGUGGUCGCCGGCAAGCUUCCCAUCAACCACCAGAUCAUCUACCAGCUGCAGGAUGUUUUCAACCUGCUGCCCGACGUCAACCUGCUGGAGUUCACCAAGGCGUUCUACCUGAAGACCAACGACCAGAUGCUGGUGGUCUACCUGGCGUCGCUCAUCCGCUCAGUGGUGGCCCUGCACAAUCUGAUCAACAACAAGAUCUCCAACCGGGACGCAGAGAAGAAGGAGGGCCAGGAGAAGGAAGAGGGCAAGAAGGAGAAGAAGGACGACAAGGAGAAGAAAGAGGACAAGGAGAAGGACAAAACGGACAGCGCCAAGAAAGACGAGAAGAAAAAGAAAUGAGUGGCUCUCGGGCUAUAAGCAGGACUCUACUUGGGGAACGGUGUCAACUGAGAUGCACACACUCGUAUACAAAGACUGUUGAUGAUGAUACCGGUUUGCUUCUUUUGUUCUGAAACACGACAAAAUGUUUUCAUAGUUGCCAUACAUGGUGCUGCGCUGCACCUUGGCAUUGCUCUUUUUGCAAGAUGCUUUCUGUAUCACUUAUUAAAUUGGAGUCAUAUUAAUUUCA